GUGUCGAUAUGUGACAAUAUGGCGGCGCACAUCUAUGCUUCUUGUAGUUGAUUUUUAGCAAAUAUAUCUUUCAUACGGAAUUUUCCGGCGUAAUUGCAUCGUUAAUAUUGUUUGCGUAAAUGUAGAAUUACUGACACAGUGUGACGAUGUCAGGGCAGUUUCCUAACGAGCAGCAGGAGUUCUAUAAUACAGGCUAUGGCUGGGAAAACCCACAGCAGCAGUAUGAAAUAGGUGAUCCUUUCGCCGCUGGAACGGACCAAGGAUUUGCAACAUUCGACUAUUCUCAGACACCAGGUUACGACAACCCGCAGCAGGGAUAUCCCGGUGCCUACUCGGUGCCCCCUCGGCAGCAGCAGCUGCCGCCGCCGCCGCAGCAGCCUGGUUAUGGCGGGAGCAUCGCGACUCCGGCAGCGUGCCCGGCGUACGGCGAGGGUGGCGGCUUCGACGACGAGCCGCCGCUGCUCGAAGAGCUCGGCAUCAACUUCGACCACAUCUACCAGAAGACGGUCGCCGUGCUGAAUCCGCUCAAGCAGACGCGGGCGGACAUCAUCAACGACACGGACCUCGCCGGCCCGCUCGUCUUCUGCCUCGCGUUCGGCGCCUCGCUGCUGCUCCACGGCAAGGUGCACUUCGGCUACAUCUACGGCAUCGGCGCGCUCGGCUGCCUCUCGAUGUACGCGCUGCUGAACCUGAUGUCGACGGCCGCCGUGUCGAUCUACUGCGUCAUGAGCGUGCUCGGCUACUGCCUGCUGCCGAUGGCGAUCCUCUCGCUCGUCUCGAUCGCGCUCUCCCUGCAGGGGGCGCUUGGAACGUUCCUCGUCGGCGUGGCGGUGUUCUGGUGCAGCAUCACGGCGUCGAAGCUGUUUGUGACGGCGUUGCAGAUGGACCAUCAGCUGUUGUUAGUCGCGUACCCCUGCGCUCUGCUCUACGGCGUCUUCGCACUGCUCAGCAUAUUUUAGGAUAGGCGAGAAAAAAUCGUAUCGCGUUGUAUAUUUGUUGAAAGCUCUAGUCCGUCGACGUCAGCCAAUUGAAGUGUCAUCGAAAUUCAAUUUGUUUUCCCCCCAUUUUUCCUGUUCAUCUAUAUAUCUCGUUUAUGGGUAGUAUGUACCCAUUUUAGUUCCCACGGACGUGUCCACUGUGUGUAUUCACAAACUGGUAAAGAAAUAAAUUAUAAACAAAAAGGAUAAUGCAGUUGUGUAAAUCAAAAAAGGCAUCGAUUGAUUUUUACACGUGUGGGUAUCAUGGUAUUUAACAUAUGCUGCUUAUGUAUGUCUGCAUCGCUAUAGCAUACAGAUGAUAUGAUGGGCUAAUGAAAACAAACAUAGUUAGUGUAAUGGCUGACAUUUGCAAAAGGUGUUCCGACUGCAAGUCGGCAGUUGUCAUAAAGUAUGUUCACCUUUUUUUGCUAUCUUCCGUUUGGAAUUAAAUUUUAUAUGUAAUCACGAAAAUGAGGUAUUAAAAUGUGGAGUUGCUUAUUAAUA